CCUCUCAGGCCAGCCUUGGAAGGAGGCUCCUGGGAUUGGCUCCCUGCCCUUCCCACCUUAGGGUGUCCUCUGAGACAGACUCUUAUUCCCUCAGUAAGGAGACAGACUCUUAUUCUCUCAGCAGCCAGACCCUCACCUCACCUCAGCCACAACCACCUCAGAGGCCACCGACUUCACCAUCGUCGCCUCAGCCUAGUCGCCACCCCAGUUGAGGCACUGACUGGCGUCAUGUCUGCCACAGGGGAUCAAGACCCGAUCCAAGAGGACCGGAAGGCCCCAGUGAGCCAGGAGAGAGCACAGGCCGAGGCGGGAGGUGACCGGGAGGCUGGUGACUCUGGCCCCGACAGUGGCGACAUGGUGCCCGUGGCUGAGGUGGCCGGAGUCACAGGGCCCACGAGAGGCCUCGGGGAGGAGGAGGGUGAGCAGGCGGCAGGCUUGGCCGCAGCCCCUGUGGUCAGGAACCCCGAGGAAGACUCAGAGAUCAGGAUAGUAGAGGAGGAGGAGGAGGAGGAAGAGAGGAAUGAGGCGGGCAACUUUGACUUGGUCGCGGCCACCCGUCGCUACCCCAUAAUAGGCUUUCGCGUGGAGUUUCUGGACAUGGUCCACUCCCUUCUCCACCGCAUCUAUCACAACGACCACAUCCUGAUCGGGAUGCGUGGCGGCCGCCUGAUGCGGAGGCCCCGCACUGCGGCGCCCAGUGGCUCAAAUGAGCCCGCACUGUUGCUGGUGCGUGAGAGGCUGGGCGUGGGGGCCAUGGGCCCUGAGGGCGAGGGCCUGGGCCUGCUCCAGGAGGCCGCGUCGGUCCCAGAACCUGAGGUGCCAGCAGACCAGGCUGAGAUGACCAGGGAGCCUGCAGAAGAGUCCGCAGAGGAGGCCUCAGAGGAGCACGCAGAGGAGGCCGCAGAGGAGGAGCUUGCAGAGGAGGCCGCAGAGGAACCGGCCACAGAGGAGGCUGCUGCUCCCGAGGAAGUCACUAAAUAUCAGCAUGAAAAGUGGGAUGAAAAGGCCCAAGAUUCUGCAGGCGAGGAAGAGAAAGAACAAGAAAAAGAGAAGGAUGAGAAAAACAAGGUGAAGAACUCCAAAGGGACCUAGACGCAGCAGAGCGGAAGCUGAGAAAAUCCAGUUGGGAAGAAUAGUAAGAAGAUGAAGAAAGAAGACUCUGCUGUUCAUUGUUUUUAUUUUAUUUUAUUCAGAUGCCUGCGAGAAUUUUAACACAUAUCAUUCCAAAGUUCUUUACCUCAAACGUGGUAUCUAGUGACAUCUAACUUUUAUCUUUCACAAAUAUAUUUGACAGUGUUUGUUCAAGUUAAAAAUAAGAGUUUGUUUUAAAUGAAUAAAUUGAAACAUGGGGAGAUUUUUCAAUAAAUAAUUCUGACUCAAAUCUCUCUUUUACCUCUUUGUUUUGGCCCACCAUACCUUCACUGAAAGAUAUUACUUUCCACCAUUUGGUAAGAUUGUUUUAAAUUAUUUUACUGCAGCCAAAAGUCAAUUAAAAUGUCAAGUUUAAAACCAUUUUUGAAAAGAGAGAGAUGGGGCUCAAGUCUUUAGAGCUGUGCUGUCUACUACCUUAGUCACUAGUAACGUUGUGGCCGCUGAGCGCUUGUAAUAUGGCUAGUCUUAUUAAUAUGUCUGUAAGUGUGAAAAUAAUAUUGCAUAUCUUACUAAUGAUUUUCAUACUGAUUACAUGUUGAGAUGAUAAUACUUGAAUUAAAAUGAAAUAUUAAA